AUGACUCUCAUUACCGACAUUCCAUGCGAAUUGAUCGCUUCCAUACAGCGGAACCUGGACGAUUUGCGGUCGCUCACACCAGUUCUGCUCAGCUGUCGCCAUAUAUACUCCUCAUACAAGCAGAGCCCGAACAUAGCAGCGGCAAUCCUACGUCAGAAAGUUACGCCAGCUCUCCUCCCGUACGCAGUAGCUGCUUCGGAAGCCCACAGUCUGCCUCGGCCACGCGAUGGCGACACAAUCCAGGGCUUGCUCGACGCCCUGUAUCAAGAACCAUUGAGCCUAGCUAAUCGGGUGACAUCGUUACCUAUGACUACGUUGAUGGGAAUGAGCCGUACGCAUGACAUGAUCCUCGCUUUGACGACAGACUUUGCGAAUGAUGCAUGGAACCGUCUUCGACAGGCCGAUGAUAGCUUGCCUCUGACCGUCUCAUUAUCAACUACAGAGCAAUUUCGCUUCUGCAGGUCUUUCUAUCGCAUCCAAAUAUUCUACGGGCUGUUCACGGGCAGAUCGUCUAACCCAAACACGAUAUUUGAAGAAAGCGUCAACAGUUGGUUCUUUUCGAAACAUCCAUUAUGGGAAAAUGAGCAGCUUGGCUGCAUCCACGAUUUCCUCGAAGCAAGACUUGCGAAAGCAUCGAUUGAUGUACAUGCCCAUGACGUCAAUUUCGGCGAGUUCUCAGUUGACUAUCUAAUUGGAGGCGAAGAGAACAUUUACAGGCAGAUGUGGGGGGUUGGAUUCAUCCAUCAACUGAUCAAUGAAGAAUCCUACGAUGGCAAGAGAGAUAUGCUCACGGAGCACCCAGACAUCGGCGUGGCAAACUUUCCUGGAGCUUUAGCCAACGUGCUGGUGGCAUACCAAGGCGCCAACGCCUUCGUAGGGCGCGAAGAAGAGCUACUCUACGAAAAUGUGAGCCGAGUGACCGAUGAGGACCCUGACCAGGGGCCCUUCAAUUCAUGGUACGCUGCUCAUGAAGGUGCACCAUUGUAUGCUGUCCUGAUGCUUCACGAACAUGAGUUGCUUCGGGAUUGUGCUUACGUACUGUGGGACUGGGAUCGGGUAGAGAAAUAUCACCUGCUCAAGGCUUUUGAGAAGCUUUCGGAUGCGAGACCGUCACCUGACGAGAAAGAGUAUGAUGAAAUGAACGAGUCUUUCCACGAGAGAUCACAGAUUUGGCAAAAGGGGGGCUCUGGAUAUUGGAGCAAAGGCGACACCAGCGGCACAUCGUGGUCAGAGAAGUCUACAGCGAGGCAAUCAUAG